GAGAGAAGGUUGUGUUCGUAGAGUUUGUCGCGAUUUCGUUGCGUUUUUCUUGAUUUAUUUUGUUCCGUUUGUGAAGUUAACAUUCGGUUUUAUGUCUAAGCCGUACUGGCACUUCACACGAGGAAACUGUAGGUUGUCAUCUUACAAAACUACGUAUUAUCUGGAAUAGAAAUUUCUGUUCCUACGAUCACGCCAUUUUGUCCGGCACUUCCCCGUUUUCCCCACGUCAACCAACAGUGCAGUGAUCAUCUCUGUGCGCCACGUGUGGAGAUAGUGUUGGAAAAAUAAGCGAACACAUUUCAGCAGCCACACCUGAGAACGAGAGACUGUGUUAACGUGAUUGGUUUAUACCCACUGCUCACUUUUAUAAAGGCAACUUCACGCGAAGUCGAAGACGACCAUGAUGAUGAGCAUGGAGUCGACAUCUCAGAUGUCUCCGCCGCAGCGCAACGGCAUCUCGGAAAACGGCAGCGGCGAGGAGGAGAGCAAGCCAAAGACGAACCUCAUCGUCAACUACCUGCCACAGACGAUGACGCAGGAGGAGAUCAAGUCGCUGUUCGGCAGCAUCGGCGAGAUCGAGAGCUGUAAACUCAUACGCGACAAAACUACAGGUCAGAGUUUGGGUUAUGGGUUCGUGAACUACUGCCGUGUCGAAGAUGCUGCGAAGGCGAUUUCUACCCUGAAUGGGCUCAGACUGCAAAAUAAAACUAUAAAGGUUUCCUUUGCACGGCCAAGCAGCGAGUGCAUCAAGGGAGCCAACCUUUACGUGUCCGGUCUACCCAAGUAUAUGACCCAGCAAGAUCUGGAGAACAUUUUCUCAGAGUUUGGGGAGAUCAUCACGUCAAGAAUACUGUGCGACAGUAUCUCAGGUCUGUCAAAAGGUGUUGGCUUCAUCAGAUUCGACCAGCGAAAUGAGGCGGAGCUCGCCAUCAAGAAGCUGAACGGCAGCGUACCAGAGGGCGCCACCGAGCCGAUAACGGUCAAGUUCGCCAACAACCCGAGCAACAACAACAAGAACAUGCUGCCGCUGCCGGCCGCCUACCUUACGGCCGCGCAACGCCGCUUCCCGGGACCGAUCCACCAUCCGGCCGGCCGAUUCAGCCUGAAAGCCAAGACGGCAAUCCUGGACACUUCCUACAUUAGGUACUCGCCGCUCGCCGGAGACAUGCUCACCAACAGCCUCAUCACGGGAAACAUCCCGAACGGCGCCGGCUGGUGCAUCUUCGUCUACAACCUGGCGCCGGAGACGGAGGAGAACAUCCUCUGGCAGCUGUUCGGCCCGUUCGGCGCCGUGCAGAACGUGAAGGUCAUCCGCGACUUCAACACGCAGAAGUGCAAGGGCUUCGGCUUCGUGACAAUGACCAACUACGACGAGGCGGUCGUCGCCAUACAGAGCCUCAACGGAUACGCGCUCGGCAACCGCGUGCUGCAGGUGUCGUUUAAGAAGCCCGGGUCGGUGCCGCGCAAGCAGUGACCUCCCCCCGCGCCGGGGGCGGGAGGGAGGGGGACUAGUCAGUCGGAGAGGGAGAGGGGGAGAGCGAGCGGGGAGGAGAGAGUGCGAGAGCGAGAACCGAACUAAAAAAGGUGGAAUCUAAUGUGAUAUUGCCAGAUAGGACACUUGUGAGGCAGAAAUGCCAUUCCACGUUGUAUAGAAAAGGUGAGAGUGAGAGGUGGAACGAGAGAGCGCGUGAGAGAGUGCGUGAGAGUGAGCGUGCGAGUGUGAGUGGAAGAAACAGAAUGCGAGGGUACAAAUCUCGAGGAGGACAGCAGAUUUAAAGCAUGUUUGAUUUCCCGCAUAUAUAUCAAGAGGAGGAGACGCUCGUUGGCAAAGAAGAUUAUGUUUAGAUUGAGUCGGAGUUUUAGAUUUUCACUCUUAUUUAAUGUUGUUACAUUAUCGGUUUUUCGAGCAGGAACUUUGGAGAGGUGAGAUGUGUUUUCUUUCGCUCGUCGUAUCGUUCGCGAUUUAAGGUUUGGCACGUUAGCACGCAGAGCCGCGGCGUAGAGGUUUGCGCUGCGGCGUGGCGACCAUUUUAUGACAGCCUUCACAAUUUAACCGUAGGGUAAGGAUUAAUUUUAAUUUGCGAACGUCGGUGGCACACAUUGUUUCAGUUGUAAUUUUCUGCGCAGAGUUGGUUUAGGUAGGAAUAUAUUUGGGGAAACUGACGGGACGAGAGACGGGCUGCACGCCAUUGAGAGACGGCCGGGGGAAGCUGGAAUCUGUUUUGUAAAUACGUGACGAACUAACUACUACUGCAAGACCAAUUUGCGGUGUGAAGGAAAUUUUAAACUCCACUGUAAAUAGCUGUAAACACUGAUAAACUAAGAACGGACGGAGCAUUGGUUUUACAGCCGCGGCGAGAGCGAGGAUAUGAACAGAGUGGGGGCCAGAGAAGAGAGCGGGAGAGAGGAAUGGCUACAGAGCCGCACGCGACGGGAUUCCAGCUUUCCCACGAUCUCAUAUUUUUGCACAGGUUUUUAAAAUUGUGCACAGUUCAGGCAGGGUAUCCAGCAGUGUUCAUUCAAUGCAGGGAGUCGUUGGCGACACGGUCCUGCUAGGCAGCAAGAGAGUGAUGAUCUCAGAUAGUAUAUUCAAGUAAGGAGAUGCUCACUAGACAGCUACGGACCCCAGUCAGCCUCCUUCAUAUUUAUGUACAUGGACUUAUUACAUGUAUGAUUAUUAGUAUUUAUUUUAGCGGCUAUAGGCGACUAGUCCUAUUUAUUAUUCAUACACUCCCGUGGUUGUUUACAGCUUUUUCGUUUCAGUGUUGUUUACGUAUUAAACAGUAUUUGGUUUAGUUCGUGACUUUUUUGUUGCUGGUUUUUCUAGCAUGCCAGAAAAAACAGGGUUUUAUUUAACGUCGUCCAUUGAUCUGUUUUACACCUUAUUAUUUUCGACUGACCGUUGUUAGUAUUAGUAUUAGUAAUAGUGGCAGCAGCAGGGUAUAGUUAAUAAUAAUUACUCCGUUUGGUUUCUGACUUUAUUAUGAUGGAAUGAGUUUUAUUGGCGAUGGUGUCGGUAUCAUUUGACUGCUUUGCAGACCUGUCGGCUUAUUUCUUUCAUUUCACUCUGCCUAUAUUGGUGCGGGCCCUCACAUUCGCUCAUCUUCUGGAUAGUGCGGUUUGCUCGAGUUCGAAUUGCGACGCGUGGUAGCCAUGCGGUACGAGAGUGCGUGAUUGCAGCGAUGGUUACAGGGGGUGGUUUUCUCGGCAAUGCCACAUCUUCAACUUCCAUGAAAGGCUCUAUUUUUGUACUGCUGCAAACGUGGGUUAAAUGGGUGCAACCUUUGUAGUCUUUGGGGGUGGGGCGUACAACUGUCUUUAUUGAACCCGAAGUAUUGCUUUCAUAGCAGUUGAGAUGACGAUGCACUGUAAACGUUCUUCCAUACCGUGGGCCGGGAUGCGGAUCCGGCGCGGGGGGGCGGC